AUGCCCCCUCCAGGAAAGAAGUCCAGUAGUCAAACGUCUGGAAAGGAUAUCCGCGCAUUCUUUGGAGGCGGAGGAAAGUCACAGUCCACGACUGCGUCAACGACUCCGGCAAGCUCGCAGAAGUCAAAAGCGACUAUAGAGAUACUUGACACAGAUGAGGAGGACAGCGCUCCGGUGAAAGCAACUAAGCCUACUAAGCCUCCAUCCCCAAAGAAGCCCAAGACACAGUCGCAACCGUUGAAGCGUAAGGGCUCAACCCUAUCCUCUGACGAAGACGAAGCGCCGAAGCCCUCACGGCUCACGAAGUCGCAUCCUGAACCGCCUGCGAAGCGCAGAAAGUCUGUGAUAUCAGACGAAGACUCGGAUAUCGCGGAAGUUGUCCCUUCUAAGAAGGCCGCUUCUUCCUCUACCAAAGCUACACCGUCCAAGUCGACUCCGAAGGCUAAACCCCGCGCUUCGACGUCUUCCGCUCCUGCUCCGAAACGGCGCAAGAAAGACGAGGGAGUUUAUGAGGAGGAGGAGGAGGAGUCGAGCGAGGACGAGUAUAUGGAGGUUGAGGAGGAUGAGCCCAAGAAGAAGACGCCGGCGAAGACGUCUGCUAAGGUCAAGAAGGAGACACCUGCAUCGAAGGCGUCGACAAAUGCAUCUGCUGCCAAGAAAUCAACACCAGCUAAGGUAAAGACCGAGAAGGAGGGCGAAAAGAAGAAGCCUGCCUGGAUCGCCGCAAAGGCCGCCAAGUUAGCAGGUCCUGCUGCUCCCGGGUCGAAGGAUAUACCUAUAGGCGAAGACAACUGUCUUGCCGGCCUCACGUUCGUCUUCACCGGCCAGCUUACCAGCCUAGCUCGCGAAGAGGCGAUUGACCUAGCGAAACGAUACGGAGGACGCGUUACUGGCCAACCUUCGUCCAAGACGUCGUACGUUGUACUCGGCGAGGACGCCGGUCCUUCGAAGCUCGCCGCGAUCAAGAAGAACGGAUUGAAGUCUAUCAAUGAGGACGAGUUCUUGAACUUGAUAGCGACGCGCGGCGGACCUGUCGAGGACGACGAGAAGACCAGAAAGAAGAAAGAGAAGGAACGCAAGGAGAUGGAGAAGACUGUGAAGGAAAUGGAGGCUCGCGAGAAGGAGGCUGUUAAGGCGUCAAAAGGCAAAGCGCCCGAGGGCGCAGCGAAAGUCGUCGGUGCGAAUAAAGUGGAUCCAACGACUCAACUGUGGACAGACCGAUAUGCGCCGACAUCUCUCAAGGAGAUCUGUGGCAAUAAGGGCCAGGUUGAGAAGAUUAUCAUGUGGCUCAACAACUGGGAUGCUAGUAUGAAAUCCGGAUUCAAGCGCCCAAACAAGGACGGUUCUGGCGUCUUUCGCGGCCUCCUUGUCUCCGGACCUCCCGGUAUUGGCAAAACAACAAGCGCACAUCUAUGCGCCAAGAUGGCCGGUUACACACCCAUCGAAUUGAAUGCCAGUGACGCUCGUAGCAAAAAGCUUGUCGAGAAUAGCACGAACAUUGCCAACACCUCUCUCGAUGGCUGGAUGGGCGGAGGAGAGGCUACAAACGUCGCUGGAAUUGCUAUUACCAACAAAUCCUGCCUCAUCAUGGAUGAAGUUGAUGGCAUGUCUGCCGGCGACCGUGGUGGCGUAGGUGCGCUUGCAGCCCUCAUACGCAAGACUAAGAUCCCCAUCAUCUGCAUCGCCAAUGACGCCGGUACUCCUAAGAUGAAACCGCUUGUCAACGCGACCUUCAAAAUGACGUUCAAGCGACCUCAAGCCACUGAGGUUCGGUCGCGUAUGAUGACUAUCGCGUACAAGGAGAAGAUGAAGCUCCCUGCCAACGUCGUAGACCAGCUCAUUCAGGGCGUCAAUUCGGACAUCCGUCAAGUACUCAACAUGCUUUCGACGUGGAAACUCAGCAGCAAUACGAUGGAUUUCGACGAGUCGAAGGCACUUGCGAAGAUGAACGAGAAAUACGCCGUCAUGUCGCCGUUCAACAUCAUCCACGAGAUCUUAGGGCCUCAGCUGUGGGCAACUAAUAGCCGCAAGACGCUCAACGACAAGAUGGAACUAUACUUUCAGGACUAUUCGUUCGUUCCGCUCUUCAUGCAGGAAAACUAUCUCAAGACUUCGCCGCAACGAACGCGCGGUCUGGAUGGCCCUGAGAAAGCGAUGGAGGACCUGAAGCUCAUGGAUCAAGCAGCAUCGUCCAUCUCAGACGGCGAUCUCGUCGACUCUCUCAUCCAUGGGUCCGAACAACACUGGACUCUCAUGCCAACCCAUGCUGCGCUUUCCACUGUCCGGCCAGCGUCAUUCAUCCAUGGACCUGGCGGCGGAUGGGGAAGUGAAACCCCAAUGUCGUUCCCCCAAUGGCUAGGACAGAACUCUAAGACCAACAAACUUAGCAGGGCUCUCAGCGACGUUCAGAUACAUAUGCGCCUCAAAGUUUCCGGCGACAAGAACGAGAUCAGGCAGUCUUACAUUCCUGCGCUCUUCCCCCAUAUUGUGCGACCGCUCAUAGACGAAGGCUCCAGCGCCGUCGACGAGGUCAUUGAAGCUAUGGAUGAGUACUUUCUCUCGCGUGAAGAUUGGGAUACCGUCGUUGAACUCGGCCUGGGUGACUUCCGCGAUGACGUUGUGCUGAAAAAGAUUCCCACGGCAACUAAGACUGCGUUCACAAAGAAGUAUAACGCGCGUGAGCACCCCAUCCCCUUCCAUCGGGCCCAAGACCUCGGCAAAGCGCCCAAAAAGAUUGCGGAUGCUGGACCUGCCCCAGACCUCGAGGAAGCUUACGACGUCGACGAGGAGGUCCCGGAUGACGAUGAAGACAAGAAGGAUGCCGAUCCGGAUGACGUUGCAUUUGAUAGUCUCGUAAAAGACAAGUCAAAGAAGAAGGCAGAGGCCGCCGCAAAAGCCGCCACCAAGGAAAAGAAGGCUGGAACAUCGACCAAAAAUAAGAAAAAGUAG